AUGACAAAAGAUGAAUUGAAUGAGAUGGAUAAUGCAACACCGUCAGAAAUUGAAACGAGCAGGAAUGAUAAUGCAAAGAAUAGUGAAGUAGAGGAGGAAUUAGGUGACAAUGAUAACACCACAAGCCUACCGGAGGUUAAGGAAUCGAUUCAAAACUCUGCAUUAAAUGAUUCUAUCGAAGAGCCACAGGAAGAAUUAAGUGAACCAAUUGAGCAAGGGAAAGGGAGCGAUGCAUUGGCAGACAAAGUUGAAAGUAAUCUUGAAGAGACCACAGCCAACGAAAUUGAAUUUCAGAACAACAUCACAGAGGCAGCAAUUGACGGCUUGAAAGAAGAAGCAAAUGAGUUAUUACAUGACGACCCGAAUCAAUAUCAAAAUCAAGAAAAAGAAGAAGAAGAAGAAGAAGAAGAAGAAGAAGAAGAAGAAGAAGAAGAAGAAGAAGAAGAAGAAGAAGAUGAUGACGACGAUGAUGACUUUGAUGAUUUUGCUGCUGCAGAACCCCAUCCACAAGAAGUUGACACAACAGAUGAAUUUGACGAUUUCGACGAAUUUGAAACUUUUGAAGAACCCACCACCGACAACAACAACCAAACUCAAUCCAACGUGGACCCUGCAUUUCCAGACUCUUCCUUUGCCAAUAAAUCGGAAUUUGAAUCGAGAUUAUCCCAACUCUUGUCCAAAUUAUUCAUCACUGACGAACUUGCUUCAUCACCAUCUUCCUCUGAACCACUUUCAAAUUCACAGAAUGCCGUAUCUGAUCAAUCUACUGAAUCGUUGUUAACCGAUAGAUCCAAAACUAUCUACAAACAAAUUUCCACCAUGCCUUAUUUACAUCCGCCAAAUUGGAUACGACUGGAUAUAAGACAUAAUCUCUUGAUUAAAUUGGGCAUACCCAUAAACCUUGACGAAUUGAAUGCCAAUGCUAGUGCCAACCCCAAUGUCAAGGUUACUAUACCACAAGCCACCACCAAUACAUUGUCAUCGUCAUCAGAUAUUACCCAGUCCGAGAAUACUGCUGAUCAAAACCAUUUGGCUGUUCCACUGCAACGUCAACACCGAUCACGGAAAAAAUCCAUUAGCGAACAAGAUAUAAACUGGACAGAUUUCACCAUCCCCGACUUUGAUUCAUUGAAAUUAACCAAUGCUCAAAUCCAAGACUUAAUCACAACUACAAAUGAAACAUUAUCGAAAUUUGAAAUUGAUUUAAUGGAAAAUUCAUCAUCACAAUAUUUACAACAAGCUAAAUCGGAAGUACUUGAUGCCAAAUUGCAUCAAUUACGACUGAAUCAUCAAGAAUUGUUGAAAAUGAGUUCAAUUUGGCAACAUCAGUUGCAUGAAGUACGUAAAGAUUAUGAGAUUUAUGAACAAGUUGUACAAAGUUGUAUUGGGUAUUCGCAAAAAUUACGUCGAGAGGAAAUUUUGGAAAAUUUGAAAAAAAUGAAACCUUCUUCGUCAUCUUCAUUCUCAUCGUCAUCGUCGUCAUCAUCUUCAUCGAAAAAGAAGAAAUUUUGGAAGAAAUAG